CUAUGUAGAGUCGCAUAUAGAGAGUCUCUCACCCUGUCUAGCAACCUCGAGGCAGAUGCGACCAUGACAGUGUCGGCAACACCCCUCUGCCUGUCCUUUGCCGUCGGCGCGUGCAGCUACGGCCGCCUGCUCGUGGCAUGCACGCCCAAGGGCAUCUGUGCGGUGCUGCUGGGCGGCAUCGGCGGCGUCGGGGCCACUGAGCGCGACCUCGUGGCCGAUCUCCGGCGACGCUUCCCCGGCGCGGUGCUGCGGAGCAGCGACGGCACUGCGCGCGAGUCGCUCGACGUCGUGCGGGCCGUCAUCGAGGGCACAUCGGCCCAGGAGCCGAAGCUGCACCUCAUCGGCACGCCGUUCCAGAAGCAGGUCUGGUCCGCCCUCGUCCGCGUGCCCAGCGGCGCCACGGUGAGCUACGCGCAGCUGGCCAAGCGCGCCGGCCUCGAGGCGCGCGACAGCCGCGCCGUAGCGGGCGCAUGUGCGAAGAACCACAUUGCCGUCCUCGUGCCGUGCCACCGCGUCGUGCGGACCGACGGGGCCAUGGGCGGCUACCACUGGGGCACCGACAUGAAGCAGGGCCUCCUGGCCGCCGAGAGGGAGAAGCGCACGGGAAAGGCUUUGCCCGUCUGAUGAUUCCAAGCACUACUGUGACUCAUGGCAACUGAGCUCUCUGUUCUGAAGAAUAUAUUUUACUGCAACGGUGGAUCUGUCCUACAACGAAUUUUCCUGCAGGUGUGUUGUCCUACGACUCUUCUUGCAGGCGAUUGUUCGCCAGAUGUCGCCUUCAGAGGUGGACGGCCGUGUCCUUGGAGACGAAGCCCACGCUCGUGUUGUCCGGCUUGAUGAGCGACUCGCCCGUGUGAAUGAUAAGAAGCAGCCAGGUGAAGAAG